UAACCCGUUUACGAUACUUGACAUGUUCCAGAGUUGCUAAAAAUGACUUCUAGAGUUGUGAUAUUAUUAUUUUUAAUUUGGGGCUCUUCAUCGGAACUUUUGGAAGAAAAAAAGCCUGAACCAAUACUCAAAGAAGCCAAAUGGGGAAGUACUAUAUCAGUUGAGACCAUGGAUGAUUAUUACACAAAUGAUUUUUUACGUUGUACAAUACAACUUCCUCCACAUAUGGGCCUUUCUACCGAUGAAUUAGAAUUUAAACCUAAACGUGACGAAAAGUUGCCAAAACAUGUUGGACUAGCUUUGCUUUCAUCAGGAUGCACCAUUCAAAUUUCUGAUACAACUGAGAAUGAUAUAGGAAACUGGACAAUGCGUUCUUAUAUCCAUAGUGUUAAAGAUGAAUAUAAGGUAGAACCAAAUCUGGUGAUUGUACAAGAUUUUAGUGUAAGAAUAGUAAAAGAAGUAGAAAGCAUUCCAUCCCGACAAUUGAUCAUUAUGGAAAAAAGCGAUCUUAUGAUGCGACUGAAAGAACCUAUUCCAAAUAUGACCUCCUGUUCAAUUAUAAACCCUGAUAGACAAAUUGUGCACCUUUGGAAACUAGAGAAAAAUGAGAAAAUUACAUCUGGAUCGAAAUCAACAGAUCCAAAAGUCGAAUUUUGGGGAUCUUCAAGUAAAGAUCAAUGUGGUGCCAUUGUACGUGAAAUAAAAAAUGAUACAGCAUCAGGAAAGUGGACUAUUGAAGCUUUUGAUAAAGAAGGCACUUUAUACAGAAGCAUAAUUGAAGUUGAAAUUUUUAUAGAAACUCUUUAGAGAACCAAUCUCCAGAACAAUAUUAUUUAACAUUAGGUGAAAAUAAAACCAUUCACCUAACACCAGAAGAUGCAAUUUGGUGCAGAGCCAAAUCGAUGGAUUCCGACAAAAAUGAAUAUUGCAAUAUUGAAUUUAAACCAGUUAAAAAAAGUGAUGCCAAAAAAUGGCACAUUUCUUGGUUCACCUCUGCAUCUAGCAAAAUUAUUGAAAAAGAUGUGGAAAUUAUAGUCAGGGAACCUCGAUUCAUUGAAACAUCAGUAGAAGAAUCGGAAAAUAAAAACAGCUAUAAUCUUAUGUGUCGUAUUAAAUCAGAGGGUAUUCAACACUGUAUAUUUGAAAGGCCUGAUGGAAAAAUUCUGAAUUUGAAACCAGGAAUAGGGCUUGGUCGUUAUAGUUACUAUGGUGAUGGAUUUUCAACUUCAAGUUAUAAAGAAACUAUUAAUGAAUGUGGUUUGACAAUUAGUAAUGCAGAAAAAGAAGAUUUUGGAAUUUGGAAAUGUUUUUUGAAAGAUGCUGAUAAAAAGAAAAAUCAGGCAGCAGAUGUGUCAUAUUUAAAAGUGGGAGAAG